CAUUUCACGCUUGCUAACACUUUAGCUAUUACGCUAAGUAUUGUCGCUAAUGUGUGUUAGGCUGUGUCUCAAAACCUUGUGUGCUGACUACCUAGACAGCAUUUUCUGCAUCAAAAGUCGUGGUUUAAUAGCUAAAGCGUUUGGUCUUUAUAGGGAGAGCAACAAUAGGCAGAAAGCUUACUGUUGUACUCAGUUGCAGCUGUCUAAACUGAAUGCAUAACAUAUUGCAAAGAGAGUAUUCAGAUAGUUCAGCUUUAUUAAGAUGAAAGAGCUUCAGAUAGACAAAAAGUAGAUGAUUCACAUUGCUGAAAGGCAGAAGAGCUAAACAAGGAUUGUUUGCUGCUUGAAACACUGUAUCCGAGUGUAGCUCCACUAUUGCAUAUUUCCUUUUUGCAGCUGAAAUAAGAACAGGGAGGCUUUACUAACAUGGAAACAGAGAAAGUAGCAGCCGAGGUACCUGCAGAACCAACAACCGAAGUCAAAGAUGCAAAUACAGAGGAAAGCAAAGAGUCCACAGCAAGCACAGACAUUCAGGACCAUGUCACAGAAGAAAACAAAGAGGGAGCUGUAACCGAGAAGGAAGGUGAGCCUUCCAAAGACGUCGACAAACCACCUUGUGACUGGUUGGAGCCACUCGAAGAAGACUGUGAUGAUGUUGAUUCCCAGAGCGUUGAUGGAGAAUUAGAGAGCCUUGCGGGGAGUGAAUGGAGUGGGAGUGUGGUUAGUAUUAGGAAAAACGCUGGAGAAAGAGGUGGCAGAGGUGUUGGGAGACCUAGAAGGAGAACGCAAUUUGAGGCAGAUGAAGGCUGGGAAGAUUGUCCAUCGUUAGGGGAAGGAUGGAAACGCAAACAGGUUUUUCGUCGAUCAGGCACCAGUGAAGGACGCAGUGAUACAUACUAUAUGAGUCCAAGAGGUCAUAAAGUAAGAAGUAGGGUUGAGCUUGUGAAACAUGUAAGCCAAUCUGUGGACCUCACAAAUUUUAAUUUUAAAACGGGCCAGUUUCUUGGUGAAGGGCUUCAAAGGAGAAAGAUAAGGAAACUGGAUUCUCCCCAGGCACACUUUUCUGUACCCGGUUUUCCAAAUGAAUUAGCUGAUACAGGUGGUGCAGCCGGCAAUCCAGGAUCUUCAGCUAGUCUCAGCUAUGGUACAGUUCCGAAGUUGAGCUCAUAUUCGAUCCAAAAGGGUGCCAAUACAGUGACCACGCCAAAAUGCAGUACCUAUACUGGUCCUGAGACAAAUACCGCUUUACCAAGUACUGCCACUCGCCCUAUUGUUGAUUUGAUUGAAGAUUCUGCAAAUUCAAAUCCUCCUCCUUUGGGCAGUUCAGUGUCUGCGGCCCCAAAUAGCCCCGUCAAUGGCGCCAGUGGAGAUCUACAAAAAAUGUUUGGUGUCUGUGAAAAAUGUCAUAAAACCUAUACUUUUGAAGAGGGACAAACUAUGUGCCAGAAUUGCAGGCCAGAGGGUAACACAACAAUACUAAGACGCAGAAAACCCUACAAAAAGUGGGUUCCAUGUGGCCGAUGCCGGGCUUGCCAAAAUACAGUGGACUGUGGAAAAUGUGUUAGUUGCAGAAAUGGUCGGCUACGCCUUCGACUCAAUAUCCAAUCUCGUAAAGUCGUUAAAUGUCGCAAACGGAAGUGUUUGCGCCCCAUGCACCCCAGGGACAGGGUUGUAAAGACAUCAGAGUGGCAGUUUUCCAAGAAGGCUGGAUUGAUAAGCACCGCUUCAAAUAUUUUACAGCCCUCAGUCUCAGACGAUUUUGAGGAAUCACAGAGCUCCUAUCUGCAGUACAGUGACUCAGAGGAUCUGUCAAUGUUCUUUGGGGGUAAUGAUGGUGACAGUGGCCUGGAUGAGAUGGGUGUACCAAAGGUACGUCGUCGUUCAUGUGGGAAGUGUAAAGGCUGCGUUCGCCGUACAGACUGUGGAACCUGUGAUUUUUGCAUGGACAAACCCAAGUUUGGAGGCAGAAAUAAAAAAAGACAGAAAUGCCGUCUACGACAGUGCCAAAGAGAGGCUAUGAAGCAUUUGCUGCCCAUGGAUGAGGCGGAGAUGCUUUUUUCUCAGGGCUGGGUUACACACGGAAGGCCACGUUACACAUAUGGACGUAGUAGACCAAGGUCCAAAAAGUUGUGGGAUUUCGAGGUUUCAGAUAAUGAGGCUGAAGCGUAUGUGCCAAAGGCUUCCUCAGGUGUUGCCCAGGUGGUGAAUCGGGACAGGCUCCUUCAUCCCAAUUACAAUGGAAAGGCUUAUGGUUAUACUGAUGUUGCUAACAGUUAUUUGAUGAACAACAUCCCACUCUGCAAUCCACGAAAAGUUUGGAUGAGCCCUCAGUUGCACAUAGGACGGGUGGAGAUGAUCAAAGAAAAUAGGCUUCAAGGCAGUGGCAUGAGCAGCAGAGCCCUUCUGUCUGCAAGACCAGAGGUUCUUCCUAUGGCAAUUCCACCAAACUGUGCUGGGGAGAGUUUGAGGGAAGGGAAUCGAUCACAAGGUUCGGCAGGUCAGGAGCCAUGUCAAGAAGAGCAACAGGAGGACGUAUCUUGUCCGUCGAUCACUCAGAUAUUCAGCAUGGCAGACAGUGACCCCACAAUCCAAGGCAUCGACAUCAAUCAUGAACUGAUGCCUCUCCUGAGGUCUCUUCACAGCAUGGUACUUCCUGUCCUCUGGUUCUGCGUUGUGGUGGAAGGCCCUCGGUUACAGCUGAUGCAGUGCUCCAAGCGCUCCACUAUGGCAGACACCACUAUUCAUAUUGAGCCCAGCUUCCACUACCACAUCAGCAUCCAGGGACAGCCUCUCCUGCCCACCCACAGAGUCUACGACAGCCACCCGUCUCGUCUCACCACAACAAAAGAGAUUGUUGCCCUCCUCGAGGACCUAGAAAGGUACUCUGUCUGCCAGGGCUCAGGGCACAAAAAUUCAACGAAUGGGUCAGAUCCUGUGUUUCCUGAGCGGGCGGCUACCUGUGACUUCCUCAUUUUUUCAGAAACAGAACGCUGUGAAAAAUGCAAAGCUGUACAAAGGGUAUAAAGAGACUAUUCAGCACAAGGGAGUUGGUCUUAAAGUAAUACAUCUCCUAUUUUCUGAUUUUGAACUAUUCUAGAAUAUCUUUAUACUCUAAUAUUAAAAUAUUAGAGCACAGUUUGAUUUUUUUUUUUUUUUAGAUGGAUGCUACCAUUACAUUGACUGCUGAAUCAAUUUUUGGUUACUUUAAACCACAAAUAAGGACUAACAUUACUUCCCACAUUAACGGGAUAGUUGUUAUAACUGGUGCUGUUAUAUUGCCGUAUGCCCUUCUUUCUUGUUUUGGACAACAAAAGAACAGCACCAGGCUAAGUAAAUAAUGACUCAGUUUUCAUUUUUGUGUGAACUAUCCCUUGAAUGAGUGACCACUAAACAUAAAGAUGUUUUUUGACCCUAGAGUAUGUGAUGCAAUUUGGUACCUACUAUGGCCAAGGAUGCACAUUGAAUUCUGGUCAUAUAAAUGAGGUAGUGAAUGGGCAUGUUUUACACAAUGAAACAUUCAGCAGUUUAACUGUACAUCUUGCCUUGCACUAAAGUUUUAAUAGUGCUUCACGUCCAUUGUGGAUUAAUUCCUCACACCAAUGAUAUCUUUAUAUGUGUUAAUGCUUAUGUACUUCUCAGGGGGGAUUUUUCAGAAUGCAUUAAUCAGAUGGAAGAUCCAUGUUUGUUAAAAGAUUUAAUAUUUGCUGUAUGAUAUGGGAUGAGGUUGCUCUCAUUUUGGAUAGACAAUUUUGUACAUAAUGCAAGUGGCGGCAGAGAAAUUAGAUAAAAUAUAGUGAGAAUGUUUUUUUUAUAAACAUGUCUUUUGCUUUUCGUAAUUUCUGUUUCCUUCAUUACAAAACACUUUGAAUUAUUGUAUGUGCUUUCAUAUAAAUAAUCAGAAUUCUGUUUAUUUAAUAAAUCAUAUUAUCUGUUGGACGACCAUUAUGUGCUCAAGGCAAUAGAUAUCGCCAUGCUUUGCCAGUUAAUUAAUCACAGUACAUUACAUUUUGUAUAACAAGUUUUCUCCAAUGUUUAAAUAUCCAAAACAAGGCAUUAUCUAAUCAUGUAAUUUACAUGCAUUUCAAACAGAAUUUUGAACAGUGGA